ACCGGAAAAGCUGCCAUGGUGGCUCUUGCUAGCUAGUAUGUGAGAUUCAGCGCUGCAAUGAUGGCAGGCGGUAAUAAUGCUUACUACGUGACAACAACCUCGGCACAACGUUAGGAAGCCAGUGUGUCUGUUUGUCGUCUGUCUAUGUCAGUUGCUGUUUUUUGGCAGUGUUAUGGCUGAACCAUGAAGGCCCAAUUACAAGUCACAGUGCUUUCAGCCAAGCUUAAGGAAAACAAAAAGAACUGGUUCGGUCCCAGUCCAUAUGUAGAAGUAGCCGUGGAUGGCCAGUCAAAGCGGACCGAGAAAUGCAACAACACACACAAUCCAAAGUGGAAGCAGGCACUCACAGUGAUCGUGACUCCUCUCAGCAAGCUGAUAUUCCGUGUUUGGAGCCACCAGACGCUCAAGGCAGACAUCUUGUUGGGAAUGGCCACGCUGGAGAUCCGCGAGACGCUGAAGGCUAACGACUUGAAACUGUGCGAGGUGGUCCAGACACUGCAGCUGUGCUCUGACAGAGACUCCCGGGACAUCGUCGGCGACCUGUCGGUCUGUCUAGACGGCAUGCACGUCGACUCUGAAGCCUUCGCCUCAGCAGAAAAAGACCAUGCUUCUCUGCUCAAGGAAGAUGCAAGACAAAACGGGAAAAGUGGCAACAGGCCAAGCAGAGAUUCGUCUCCGUCCAGUGACUCGGAUGAAUGGGUCAUUGUACCAGACACUCGCACCAUCAACGGCUCCAGCUCCCCUUCCCAGUCUCCGGGGGGUGCUACCGGUUCUCGCCGCUCUAGACCUGCCCGACCUUCUUCUGCCCCCGGUAGACCCGCCACCUCACCAACUUCCUCCAGCAGUUCUUCUCCAAGCGAGUUAAGUGAGGGUAUGGCAUCUGAUGGCUCUUCCCAGGCAUCUGCCAGUGGGGGUUCAGAUCACCAUGAGGACACGGGUACAGGCGGAGCAGCAGCACCAACAGCGAGGCCUCCUGCUGCAAGUGUCCCCAGACCAGUGGCCCCAGCCGCACCAGCCACAGCUGCUUCAAGAGUCACGCCCAUUAGCAGUGGCCCCUUGCCACCUGGCUGGGAGCAGCGUGUGGACCAAAAUGGACGCAUGUACUUUGUCGAUCACAUUGAGAAGAGGACUACAUGGGACCGACCAGAGGCUCUGCCGACAGGAUGGGAGCGCAGAGUAGACCCCAUGGGCAGGGUGUACUAUGUGGACCACAUCACCAGGACGACCACGUGGCAGCGACCCACCCAGGAAUCAGUGCGUAAUUACGAGGAAUGGCAGCAUCAGCGCAGCCAGCUGCAAGGAGCCAUGCAGCAGUUCAACCAGCGGUUCAUUUAUGGGCUCCAGGACCAGCUUGCAGCCACGUCCAACAAAGAGUUUGACCCCCUCGGACCUCUACCGCAUGGCUGGGAAAAAAGGACAGACAGCAAUGGCAGAGUGUAUUUUGUUCAUCACCCAACACGGACAACACAAUGGGAAGACCCCAGGACACAAGGGCUGCUCAAUGACAAACCUUUGCCCGAGGGCUGGGAAAUGAGGUUCACCGUGGAUGGCAUUCCCUACUUUGUGGACCACAACAGGCGAACCACAACCUACAUUGACCCUCGUACGGGAAAAUCCUCGCUUGAAAAUGGCCCACAGAUUACCUAUGUCAGGGACUUUAAAGCCAAAGUGCAAUACUUCAGGUUCUGGUGUCAGCAACUGUCGAUGCCUCAGCACAUCAAGAUUUCCGUUUCUAGGAAAACUUUGUUUGAGGACUCAUUCCAGCAGAUCAUGAGCUUCCAUCCUCAAGAUCUGAGACGGCGACUGUGGAUCAUUUUCCCCGGAGAGGAAGGUUUGGACUAUGGAGGCGUGGCCAGGGAAUGGUUCUUCCUGCUUUCUCACGAAGUGCUGAACCCCAUGUACUGUUUGUUUGAGUAUGCUGGCAAAGACAACUAUUGUCUGCAGAUCAACCCCGCCUCCUACAUUAACCCGGACCACCUCAAGUACUUCAAGUUCAUCGGCCGCUUCAUCGCCAUGGCCUUGUUCCACGGCAAGUUCAUUGACACAGGUUUCUCCUUGCCCUUCUACAAGCGUAUCCUGAACAAGCCUCUGGCUCUCAAAGACCUGGAGUCCGUGGAUCCAGAGUUUUACAAUUCCCUUAUAUGGAUCAAGGACAAUAACAUCGAAGAGUGUGGUCUGGAGAUGUUCUUCUCAGUCGACAAAGAGAUCCUAGGGGAGGUCACCACCCACGAGCUGAAACCAGAUGGUGGAAACAUUCAAGUGACUGAGGAAAACAAGGAGGAGUACAUCAGGCUGGUGGCUGAGUGGAGGCUGUCCAGAGGUGUUGAGGAGCAGACCCAGGCCUUCUUUGAGGGCUUCAAUGAGGUUCUGCCUCAGCAAUACCUGCAGUACUUUGAUGCUAAGGAAUUAGAGGUGAUGCUGUGUGGGAUGCAAGAGAUCGAUCUCGUGGACUGGCAGAGGAACACCAUCUACAGGCAUUAUGCUCGAAGCAGCAAGCAGAUUCUUUGGUUCUGGCAGUUUGUGAAGGAGAUGGACAACGAGAAGAGGAUGAGACUGCUGCAGUUUGUCACCGGAACUUGUCGUCUUCCCGUUGGCGGCUUUGCUGACCUCAUGGGAAGUAACGGGCCACAGAAGUUCUGCAUUGAGAAGGUGGGCAAAGAGAACUGGCUUCCGCGAAGCCACACAUGCUUUAAUCGUCUGGACCUGCCUCCUUACAAGAGUUACGAGCAGCUGAAGGAGAAGCUCAUGUUUGCCAUCGAGGAGACGGAAGGCUUCGGGCAGGAGUAACCACGGCACCUUUUCCUCAUAUUUGUCUCUGCAGCCCAGAGCUGCUUUUAUUUCUCUACCACACCAACUGUAUGCAGUCCCGCAGCUGCUUUCAAAGCUCUUUAAGAUCUAAUACGAGACUCUUCCCUGCAUUGAGUUAACAUGAGAGUGGACGUUUCUUCACCCUUAUCACAACAUCACGCUUAACAUCGUGCAAGUGUGAAACAGAAGAAGCACCAUAAGGACCUCCCUGUUAAGACUAUGCACUCAGAUUAUAUUUUCAGAGUAUAUUUCAUUUGUAUAUCUAAAAAAAAUCGUUCUUUUAGUCAAAUGGCUGAUUAGACUGAUUCAUGUAGCACAGGCUGUUCCUUUUAAGAAGAUUUUUCAUUUCUUUAACAUAGUUUACACAUGAACUGUGAAGGGCAAGACAGUAGGAUUGUCCCUGACAAAGCAUGUUAUUCUUCUUUGUUUUAAGUGCAAUAGUUUUAUAGCUGUACCAACAAUAGUUUUGAUGACUUUACGAGAUAAGUUUUCACUCUUUAGUGCUGAUUUCACGAUCUGAUUUGAAAACUGGUGCAGGUUCAAAAAUCUUUUUAAUGUAACUUCCCCAAAAAAGGGCCGUUGUCUUCUGUGUAAUAUAAGAAUAUCGGACCUUGAGUGUUCCUUUUAUCAAGUGUGAAUAACUGUUAAUUGAUUACUGAUGAAGUGGGAACAUUCCUGUGUGAUAGAUUUGUAAAAUAAUGUCCUAUUCCCACUGAGUGGUAGCAAAAACAUGAUCCUGGCUAGAUAAUGAAGAAGCUGAAUCAUGAGCUUUAAAUGCUUUUAAGUGACUAAUGCAGUGUAAAUACAGGUACUGUAUACUUAGCGGCAUAUAAUUCACCCAAGUAGUGGUCCCCUUUUGUGAUUGUGGCUUGGAAGUGGAGCGCUAGCAGGUGACCCUAGUUUUAUAGGGAGAGAUGUACUCUACUGUACUGUAUUGAGAUUUCUACAGGGAUUUUGGCUUUCAGGUUGUUUUCCCUUCCAGAUGCAAACGUCAAACCUCCAAGUGUUAUUGUCCAAAUUAGCUUAAACAAUACCUAAAAUUGCAAAUCUGUUAUUAAUGAUAAGCUGCCUAGAUUCUGCCUGUGUUCUUCAUCACUAGGAAUUUAAGAUAAGCAAUCACAGAUUAAAGAAUAAGUUACACCGUGAUAAAGUCAACCGAAUGUAAUUCAAAUUUACACAAUUCAGAAUUUGUGAUUACAGGUGUGAUGCUUGACUAUCGCACAAUCUGAUGACAUCUUCAAUUAAAUAUUUGACCCCACAUGUGGUAUGGUACCUAAAAAUGACACGUAUGACACGUAAAAUACUGUAUAAGUAAAUAAAUAUCUUGGUCUGACUCUUGUAUUGAAUAUCGCUAGACUGUGCCCGGGGUCCUGAUAUUGUGGCUGGUGAUUGUUGCCCACUCAGCCGAAUAUCUCUUGGUGUGCAGGUCCAUGAUUAGGACAGGUCAAAUUAUUUUUUAAUUGAAACAGUUGCACCUCACUAACCUAAUUUUAUGAACCACUUCACUUGUACAUCAAUCACCUUUGCUCUCUGGGGUAUUUACAAUUAAAGAAAUAUAAAACUGACU